UUGUACCAGCUAGCGGGCCGCGGAUCUAAUUUUUUAACCGCUUUAUCCCGGCCCAAACUGAACUGUAUCGGGGUCUUUUGGUGCUUAAAAUGUCUUCCAACAAAGGGCCCGCAUUUGAGGUCCGACUUUGAAUCGUAACGUUAGCUUGAUGCGGGCGAAGAAAGACACCGGCGGACAAUACGAUUAGUAACCUCUUACAGUGUAUGUGUGGCAACAACAUGUCUGUGCCGCUGCUCACUGAGGCUGUGACGGUGUCUGGGAUGGAGAAGGAGACCGCGGCGGUGAUCUUCCUUCAUGGGUUGGGAGACUCUGGGCAUGGGUGGACUGAAACUUUGACGACGAUCCAGCUGCCUCACGUCAAGUUCAUCUGCCCCCACGCGCCCCCAAUCCCCGUCACUCUCAACAUGAAGAUGAUGAUGCCUGCAUGGUUCGAUCUCAUGGGUCUCAGCCCCGACUCCCCAGAGGACGAAUCUGGAAUAAAGAAGGCAGCGGAAAACAUCAAGGCCAUAAUCGAACAUGAGGCCAAGAAUGGGAUCCCCCCAAACCGUAUAAUGCUUGGUGGCUUCUCUCAGGGUGGGGCCUUGUCCUUGUACACCGCCUUGACCUGCCAGCAUCAGUUGGCUGGUGUUGUAGCCCUCAGUUGCUGGCUACCACUUCACAGGAGUUUCCCAUCGGCGUUGGGCGGCAACAAGAACCUCCCGAUCCUGCAGUGCCACGGUGAGAUGGACGCCAUGAUCCCCUUGCAUUUUGGUGCCAUGACGGCAGAAAAACUCAAAUCCAUAGUCAACCCUCAGAUGAUCAGCUUCAAAACCUACCCAGGGCUCUCUCACAGCUCCUCUUCUCAGGAGAUGGCGGCUGUAAAGGAAUUUAUCGAGAAGCACUUGCCCCGAAUCUGACCUCACCUCAUCCCCACUGUGACCCCCCGAGACACUGACCUCUCACCCCUAAUCUGCCAUUCUCCCACAGGAAACAGCCAUGAGCACCCCCUCUUCCACGUAUACCCACAAGAUAACACGCAUGAACACACGCACGCAUAUACACGUCAUAAUCAUGAUUUGAUUCACACCGCUGAACAAACCAUGUGCUUCUCAUGCAGUCCAAUCCAACAACACUCAUACUGCAGUCAGAUUUGUCAGACACGCUGUUUUGAUAAUAACAUAACCAAGCGCUCGCACUCACAAGUCUUAGCUUUCGGAGGGAGAAACACUGACCCACACAAUGCAUUCCCUUUGUUUUUAUUUAAACAACCUCUGUCUGUCACCUCCACCUUAACCUCAGUUUUUCUCCACUUUUACCUCAUUUUGCUUCAUCUUAACCUUUUUUUUU